UUCAUCUGGCAUCACCGCCGGGUGUGUGUGUGCGGCAUAUAAAUUGUGUAUCUGUAAUUCUCUUUAAAUUUAAUUGUAAACAAUGUGUUUUAUAAAUUAUUCAGACGUACAAGAAUAAAUUCUUAUCCAUAUCUAUACAAAUGUUGUGAUAUAAGAUCUUUUGUAAGGUUUUUAUAUUGAUGUGAAGAUCUCGUGCUUUGUCUCCGUGUGUGACAAUAUACUCAAAAUGGCGCAUCAACUAGCACCGUCUGUAAAUUGUUCAUUAGACGACAUUGACCUCAGUGCAUUAAAGGAUCCUGCUGGAAUAUUUGAGCUUAUCGAAGUUGUAGGAAAUGGCACUUAUGGGCAAGUAUACAAGGGACGGCACACAAAGACCGGUCAGCUUGCUGCCAUCAAGGUGAUGGAUGUGACACAAGAUGAAGAAGAGGAAAUAAAACUUGAGAUCAAUGUGUUAAAGAAAUAUUCAACCCAUCGCAACAUUGCCACUUACUAUGGUGCUUUUAUAAAGAAAAGUCCUCCAGGGAAAGAUGACCAGCUCUGGUUGGUUAUGGAGUAUUGUGGUGCUGGAUCCGUAACUGACUUGGUGAAGUCUACGAAGGGGCAGUCGUUAAAGGAAGAAUGGAUAUCAUAUAUAUGUAGAGAAAUCCUCCGAGGUCUGAGCUAUCUGCAUUCAAACAAAGUCAUACAUCGUGAUAUUAAAGGACAAAAUGUUUUACUGACUGACAAUGCUGAAGUGAAAUUAGUGGACUUUGGAGUAUCAGCCCAAUUGGACAGGACCAUCGGGAGGCGGAACACGUUCAUCGGUACCCCGUACUGGAUGGCGCCGGAGGUCAUCGCCUGUGAUGAGAACCCGGAAGCGACGUACGACAAUCGGUCCGAUCUCUGGUCUUUGGGCAUCACGGCGUUGGAGAUGGCGGAGAGCCAACCACCGUUGUGUGACUUGCAUCCGAUGAGAGCUCUGUUCCUCAUCCCAAGGAAUCCACCACCUCGCUUAAAGUCCAAAAAGUGGGCGAAGAAGUUCCACAGCUUUAUCGAGACCGUGCUGGUCAAGGAUUACCAUCAGAGGCCUUACACGGAACAGCUGCUAAAACACCCAUUCAUCAGAGAUCAACCCACAGAACGCCAAGUUCGGAUACAGCUGAAGGACCACAUAGACCGCUGCAAGAAGCGCAAGCAGGACAACUCUGUGCGAGAAGACUACAAGUAUUCGGGCUCAGAGGGAGAAGAAGAAGAUAACGCGAUAGCAGGAGAGCCAUCGUCUAUCGUGCACAAUGCCCCUCAUCAAGGUGGCGACACUUUGAGGAGGAAUUUCCAGCAGAUACAGGAGGGAAGAGCCGCGGAAGCACAGCAACCCCAGCCGCCGCCUAAACGCAACAGUAAACGGGAAGAGAGAGAAGAGAUACCAGAACCCGGUCCUCCAGCGAGGCCAACAAUUCCUCAAAGACUGAUCGUAGUGCCAGACCCACAGGCACAACAGCCUAACAGAUAUAGGCCACUCCCACCCACCCCAAAGUCGUCGGGCUCAUCCAACAGCUCGGGCUCCAACAAUGGGACUCCGCCCGCCAGUGGGCCGCAACCUCCGCAGAGGGGUUCGCAUCACAUGUUCAAACCCAUGAUACCGCCAAGAAGGCCAGAGGACCUGGAUAAGCUGGCCGCACAAUUGAACGAGUUGGGCGUGGUCUCCGGCAACGAGCCACCCAAUCGACCUCCACGGGCACCGGCUAAUGGACAAGGUCCACCAGUGGAAAGAAACCCACCAGAACCGACAUUUGAAGAGUCUGACAGCGAUUCGGACCCAGAUGAAGGUGGGGGUCGAGUGAGAAAUGAUGGGACGCUGUUGGCCAGUGACCCACCCAAACCACUGCCGGGACUGUCCGCGGUUUCGGAGGACGGCGCCGGUCCCCCCACACGCCCCUUGCCCCCAACGCCCGACGACGAUGACCCCCACGCUGAUAGAACGCUAGUGAAGCGGAGGGAAAUUGAGAAGAGACAGUCUGACGUCGACGAGGCCGUCCUCUUAAAGGAUUGGGACUUCGCCAGAUUUUUCCCAUCGAAAAGUAAAGAAGAGAAACAGGAUCCCAGCAAGGAGUCGGUGAAACGGGCUCAGCUCCAACGUCAAUCUAGAAUUGAGAUGGAAGACGGCUGGACCAAGUACAAGGCGAUUGCCACGCCCCCCUCUCGUGUCAAAUUCCCAAAGACCGACAAGAGCACGCAGGAGAAACUCACGGACAUUCUGAAGUUCAAAAAGGAGCAGGAGGAGCUGAACCCGCCGAAUAGAUUUUUCAGAGGCUUCCGAAGGGAGAACUCCGACUUCUUCCCGCUUUCUAGUACACGCCAUUCGGCCAUUUACAUUCCGAAGCAUGAGGCUCCACCUGGCGCGAAUAAACAGCGCUCCAGCGGUAUUUUCAAUCACACAAGGAAACAGAGCAAACCCGAAGUACCCGGCGAGCCUGUCUUGACAGAGUUCAUAAAAAUGGACAGUCUGAAAUUCGUCCAGAAACCCAAACCCGACACGAGGGCUUCAAAUCCAAUUGACGCGCUGAAGAGCGUCGCGGAAUUAAUAAGACAGGACAGCGAAUCGAAAAGCCGCCAGAGUAGCGUGAACAGCGACUCGCCAGCAACGAGCAUAUGCUUUGAGAAUACCCUGGAUCUCACUGCGAACACGCAGAAAGAGAACGUAUACAAACCACGCAGGGAGAAGACCGAGUCGGAUAUAGUGUUCAGAAGGAAUUGCAAUCGGAACGAUCAGGUCCUGUCGAGGCAGGAAGCGGUUAUCGCACAGGACCAGGGCCGUUCAAGUGGAAAUGAAGGUAGUGGUUCCCGCACCAGCUCGGUACUCCCCGACCUCUUGAGCCAGGCCGGCCAACCCACCACACCGCCGAGACACGACAAAUCCACAAGCGAAGAGUAUAGGCAAGCCAUAGCUGGUGGGCCUUCCCCUCAUCAUCAUCACAUAUCCUCCGUCCAAUCCACACCAUCGAAAUCCUUCGUAUCACCCCUGCAGCAUUCCCCGUCGAACACGUCCGUUGGCUCCCAACAAUUCCUUCCAUUGCAACAGAAGCAGAGGUCUUUCCUCACCUUCGGCUUCGGAGCUGGCUCUACGGGCAGCACGGGCGGUUCGGGCAACGCCUCCAGGCGGGAGAGUCACGUCAAUGUCAACGUGACACCGACGGGACAUGAUCUGUCGUCAGACACGCCCGAGAUACGGAAAUACAAGAAGAGAUUCAACUCGGAGAUUUUGUGUGCGGCUUUGUGGGGUGUAAACCUUCUCAUUGGUACUGAGAACGGUCUGAUGCUGUUAGACCGUUCUGGCCAGGGCAAGGUGUACCAGCUAAUAUCGAGACGCAGAUUCCAGCAGAUGGAAGUUCUGGAGGGGCAGAAUAUUCUGGUCACCGUCAGUGGGAAGAAGAAUCGCGUGCGAGUGUAUUAUCUCAGCUGGUUGAAGUCCAAGAUCUUAAGGACGGACGGACUUAGUGAUCAAGUGGAGAGGCGAAACGGCUGGAUCAACGUGGGUGAGCUUCAGGGUGCCGUCCACUUCAGAAUCGUCAAGUACGAGAGGAUCAAGUUCCUGGUCAUCGCAUUGAAGGACUCCAUCGAGAUCUACGCGUGGGCCCCGAAACCCUACCACAAGUUCAUGGCCUUCAAGAGCUUUGGUGAUCUUCAGCACAGGCCUCUCUUAGUGGAUCUAACAAUAGAGGAAGGCACCAGACUGAAGGUUAUCUAUGGAUCAGCUGAUGGAUUCCAUGCGGUCGAUCUGGACACUGCCAGCGUUUACGACAUUUAUAUUCCAAAACAUACCCAGGGUGCAAUAGUUCCUCACUGCAUCGUACCAUUACCAAACUCAAAUGGCGGACAGCUUUUGCUGUGUUAUGACAAUGAAGGGGUGUAUGUUAACACAUAUGGACGUGUUAGUAAGAAUAUUGUUUUACAAUGGGGUGAGAUGCCAACGUCAGUAGCGUACAUUGGAACUGGACAAAUAAUGGGAUGGGGCAACAAGGCCAUAGAAAUCCGGUCAGUGGAAAGCGGCCAUCUGGACGGUGUAUUCAUGCACAAAAAAGCUCAAAGGCUGAAAUUCUUAUGCGAGCGCAAUGACAAAGUAUUCUUCUCGUCUGCAAAAGGCGGCUCUUCCUGCCAAAUAUAUUUCAUGACGCUCAAUAAACCGGGCAUGGCCAACUGGUAACGAGACAAGAGGGCGAAGGCCCCGAAAACUGUGAUGCGAAAAGCCCUAAUCACAAUGUAUCAAGUGAUUCUUCAGACGUGCUCAAAAGACUUGAGGACUGUGGCAUUUUGUACUGAAUUAUGUAAUUUCAAUACAAGCUACUAAGAUAUAUAAUAUAUUAAGCAAUAACCUAUAAAUUAAUGUUUUUAUAUUGACAAUUAUUGAUAAGUAAGUUAAUGCUUAGAAUUUAUUUUGCAAAUACAAAUCGGACUAGAUAUGCCAUAUAUAAUUUGGUAAUCAUUGGUUAUGUUCAAAUAUUUGCCAUGACGGAACUUGUAAUCGUAGGUGAUGUAAAUUAUUCUUUUAAGAACACAAAUCUGCACUUAGCUCACUGUAUAUGCUAAUUAUCACAAUCUGCAAUAUUAAACGUGAAUGAUGAAUCCAAAAUUUGGUACUAUUUAUUAUUUAUUUGUUAUGUAUAUUAUUUACAUGUAUAAAGAUGUAACUGUGCAUAUUGAAAUUAU